AUGUUGUGCGCACUAUCCGGGGCGCCAGGGUCGCAUCUACCAGAGCUUCAUACACAUCCAAAUGGAGCGCUUUUCAGCGUUGAGUUACAAUACGUAACUAACGGUCGCGGUAAAGGAGGGAAAGGUCUCGGUAAAGGCGGCGCCAAGCGCCACCGGAAGGUUCUGCGUGAUAACAUCCAGGGUAUCACCAAACCCGCCAUCCGCCGGCUGGCUCGCCGCGGCGGAGUGAAGCGGAUCUCCGGGCUGAUCUACGAGGAGACCCGCGGGGUGCUCAAGGUUUUCCUGGAGAACGUGAUCCGUGACGCCGUCACCUACACCGAGCACGCCAAGAGGAAGACGGUGACCGCCAUGGACGUGGUGUACGCGCUGAAGAGACAGGGCCCGCCAGCCUCGCCCCGGCUCCGGCUACAUAAGAAGCGCUCCGCCACGUCCACCUCAUAUUCACUUCUUGUCACAAUGGCUCGAACCAAGCAGACUGCCCGUAAGUCCACCGGAGGGAAAGCCCCCAGGAAGCAGCUGGCCACCAAGGCGGCCCGUAAGAGCGCCCCGGCCACCGGCGGUGUGAAGAAGCCUCACCGCUACCGACCCGGGACCGUGGCUCUGCGGGAGAUCCGCCGCUACCAGAAGUCCACCGAGCUGCUGAUCCGCAAGCUGCCCUUCCAGCGCCUGGUGAGAGAAAUCGCUCAGGACUUCAAGACCGACCUGCGCUUCCAGAGCUCCGCCGUCAUGGCUCUGCAGGAGGCCAGCGAGGCUUAUCUGGUCGGCCUGUUCGAGGACACCAACCUGUGCGCCAUCCACGCGAAGAGGGUCACCAUCAUGCCCAAGGACAUCCAGCUGGCCCGGCGCAUCCGCGGGGAGAGAGCCUAACUUGCCCGAUCUCCACCCACCAAACAACGGCUCUUUUAAGAGCCACUCAUUCGCAGA